AAUUUUACUGAAGCGUUCUGUCAGAAAACAAUUCGUGAAAUUUUUGUUUUAACUGCUCUUUGAAAUAUAUAGUACAUUUGAUGCACAUAAAGAGUGAGUUUGUGAACCUAAAUUUAUCGUGGCCGAAGUAAACGUGCAUCAUUUUGUGUUAAAUAAUACUAUUAAUGUAAAUAUAUCGAACCUAGAAAAUGUGGUUCUUCGGAUUUCGAAAAAAUGAUCGCAACAUACGGCAUGUUUUCUGAAAGAGAACUGCAUUGUAUGCAGGUAAUAGCACUUUCCCAAGUGAAUUGGCCGUAUGAAAUUUAUCGUUAUUCCUUUAAAUGAAAUUUCUGUAGAAAAGAGAAUGAUCUACUAAAUUUAUCACUAAAAGUUUUCAAGUUUUAUUCUGUUUUUAUUUCGUUUACUCAUUUUUUGACUUUGAGAUAUGGAAGACAGACAGAAAUCAGCUGAUCGAGAAUCAGCAGAGAAAUGCACCUGAUCGUCCUGUUCGGCAACAGCGCGUAUGGAGUAUUGCCAACGUAAAAUUAAAAUGAUCUUUGUUUAGCACUGAUUUGAUUAAAAAUGUAAUUGUUGUAUGACAUUAAGAGCUUUUUAACGGAACCUUUCUUAUAAAUAUAAAAUUCUUUCACGUUCUACCUUGAAUUCGAAGUGAAAUAUUUUAACAAUGUGUUAGGAUUUUGAUUUAUCUUCAUAAAUUCAAAAGCAUAAUAUUUUUGGGUGAUGUAUUAGCCACGUCUUUGAGAGAUAUGUUCGUAACCGUACUUCGUUAUCUUGUGUUAAUUACACUUUCGCUAAUCGAUCUGGUGCAAUGGCGAAAUGCACUGAUUGUAAUGUGUUCACAUACGUGGUUGGGAAUGGUUACGGUUAGUGGUCCAAGCGUGAUUAACUAGUCAAAUGAAUAAUUAAGAAAAUAUUAGUGGGCACGGGAAAGUCCUAAUAAUUUGUAGAAAUGGAAGAAAUCAUGAAAAUAACGCAGAGUUUACUUUAUUUUGGGUCCGAACAAAAUACGUGUGUUAUUGGUUGCAAAACUACUUAGCACCAUAUGAUGGACAUGUCUGAAAAUCCGUAAAAUUGCAACACCAAACUAUUAGUUUAUGUUCUUUGAUAGUGAAGUGAUAACUUAAUGACAAAGAAAAAAUGUGCAAUUUAUGGUGCUGUGGUCAUAGGGGUUAUAGUAUUAUAGAGGAUGAAUCGGUCCAGACAAUUGAGGGAGAAGAAAGUUUUUUUUGUUAUGGCUAUAAAUACAAUAAUAUGAAGAGAUUUUCAUUUCAUAUAUUUGCUCUUGUUUUUGGUGGAAUUCCGUAUUUGUUUUUGCAUUGGUAUCAUCAAUUGAAAGCUUAUUCAAUGUACAGCAGAUGUGCUCUUUCUGAAGCAGAUGUUGUACUUCUCAAGGAUUUUCUAAACAAUUACACAUUGGAGAAAGUAUCGGUAUCAGCAGUCUCAUCUCCAGAGAAUGCAUUUGCACAUGUACGAUUUUUUUGUAAUCGUAUGUUAAAAUAUGUGUGGGAUGAAACAUUCCAAGAAUUUAGGUUACUCAAAGGUUUGGAUAAUGGAGAAACUAAGUUGAGCGAUCUUCUAGAUGGUGCUGAAGGUUUCACAACUGUGGAACAAACUCGCCUUUUGGAGUACUAUGGACUGAACUCUAUUGCCGUGGAAGUAAAAUCUUACUCAAAACUCUUUGUUGAUGAAGUAUUGAAUCCAUUUUAUAUUUUUCAAAUUUGGAGUGUUGUUCUUUGGUCUUUUGAUGAUUAUUACUAUUACGCAGGAUGUGUAAUGUUUCUGUGCAUUCUGUCAAUGAGCACAUCCCUCUAUCAAACAAGACGGCAAAGUAUUGCAUUAAGUGAACUUGUUGCUGCCUCUGCAACCCAAACUAUUACUGUGUUAAGGAAAAAUGGAAAGCAGGAAGAAGUGAAUUCCACUCAUGUAGUACCUGGUGAUAUUAUUGUUCUUCCUUCACAUGGCUGUAUAAUGGGAUGUGAUGCUGUGUUGCUCACUGGUAGUUGCAUUGUCAACGAAAGCAUGCUCACAGGUGAUGAAUUUUUUUAGUUACACUUGUAGCUAAGCAUUUUUUAUCUUUGUGUCGAGGAAUUGCAAAGCAAAGUGUCUUUUUUAUCUUUGAAUUUGAGGGGGAAUUGCUAAGCGAAUAUCUUAGUUUGUGUGUAUUAUUCUAUUAAUUGUCAUUUUCAUUGCACUACUUUUUAUUUUAAUCAGUGUUUCAUGUCAUGUACAAUGUAGUGGACCAUGGAUGUCAAAUUGUUGGAAAAGAUGAA